AUUUCUAGCUUCCUGUUUGUGAUGCGAGAAAGGUCAGCAUGGAAGUCCCGAGUUAGAUUUGUAAGAUUUUAGUUACGAAUUAAUUUUAUAAGCUGUUUAUUUGUGCUGCUUCGCUGAAGAGCCUGAAGGCUCCCAUGCAACGCUGUUUUGUGGAUAAAUCAGUUGUUAGCUCGCUUGCUAACGUAGCGCCCCCAGUGUUAACGUUUGCUAAUUGCUGCGAAUAUUAGUUAUUAUCCGGCACAUUUAUGUUUGCCAUGUUACCGAGUUUAUGUAGAUUCCAUCGACAGUUCAGUCGGGCCCUUUUGCCUCUUGUUAGUCGUCAAGUAGAGUUAAAGUUGUUAAGUUCAUCUACACACGUGCAAAGGGCAAAAUACGGCAAUGCUACAUCAGAGCGUAAGAAAUUUUAUCGGGAUGUCACAAUCUCUCAAGGGGAAGGAGGCCUUUAUGAAAUAAAUCUUGACAGGAAGAAGCUGAAGACUCCAGGGGGAAAACUCUUCACUGUACCAAAUGAAGCCCUUGCUAUAGCUGUUGCAACAGAGUGGGAUGCUCAGAAGGACACACUGAAGUUCUACACGAUGCAUCUAACCACUCUGUGCAACACGGCCCUCGAUAAUCCAACACACCGGGACAAGGAUCAGAUCAUCUCUGCUGCACUGAAGUUUCUGGACACUGACACUGUUUGUUACAGAGUAGAAGAACCUCCAGGGCUUGUAGAACUUCAGAAAAAUGAAUGGGAUCCUGUUCUGGACUGGAUUGAACGAAGGUACAAUGUCGUUAUUGGUUCAUCCUUUAGUAUAAUGGGGCCUCAGAUCCCAGAGGAGACGAAGGAAACAUUUCGUCAGCAUCUUGGUUCUUAUAACUUCUGGUCUCUAAUAGGGCUUGAGUAUGUGAUCAAUCAGCUGAAGUCAGUGGUGCUGUCCUUUGGGUUGAUUGACAGACAUCUGACGGUGGAGCAGGCAGUUCUGUUAGCUCGGCUGGAGGAGGAAUACCAGAUCCAACGUUGGGGAAACGUUGAAUGGGCUCAUGACUAUGACAUGUAUGAGCUGCGGGCUCGUACAGCAGCGGGGGCCCUGUUUGCGUAUCUGUCGUCAGAGAGUGCUACAAUGAAGAAAAAAAUCCUUCAAGACUGAUGAGGCCUGUGGUUGCUUGAAUUAGCAAAUAUAAUGAGAUCGAAAAUGAAAGCUCCUUUUUCUGUGUUUAAGUGUGUUGGUAGCUUACUGUAAAAUAGGUAAAAUUGUAGUCUUGGCACCAGACGUUCUGUAGCAGAGGUUCCCAAGUCAGCCAUGGGAUGCUCUGCGCAUUUUUGUGUCUUCCCAAUUGACUAAGCCCAUGGGUAUCUUGUGAAUUAGCUAAUGAAUUGAAUUGGAGUGUAAGAUGAAGAAAAGCACAAAAAUGUGUGAGGUUUCCAGAACUGGCUUUGGGCACCACUGUUCUAGAGUUAAAUGCCUGCCCAGGGACACCACAUAAGCUGCUUUGAUUUGUCCACAGCCUGUUAUUAGUCACAACAUUUUGUCAGAUUAAGAUAUGUACAGUCUGUUUCAUGAACAUCCUGACUGGAGAGAUUGUUAACGAAUGCCAUUUCAGUGCUUUUCAUCCAUUGUCCUUAUGAUCGGUGUUAGAUUUUGACUGUAACAUUAAAUGCUCAGUGGUUAUGACCA